AUGAGUUCAACCAGGAAGCGUCUUAGAAGGAAGCUGCGUCGUCAACUGCAACAAGACCGCGAUAACGAGUGGACGCCAAGAGCGAUGAAGUUUGAAAAGACCUUGCCGAACCGGCAAGCGCCGUCAGCUCCUUACCACGAGCAGGUUCACAGGAAGACAUAUGCGGUUAACGAAGAACCACCGACCGAGUUGGAGGUUCUGGACUGUAUCCAAAAGAUGAAAAAUAGAAAAUCUGUUGGAGACGACGAGAUUAGCGCUGAAAUGCUGAGAUAA